AGUAGCAAUGCCUGUGGUGAAGGCAUGGCCUACCGGCCUUCACUUUUCGUCUGGAAGUAACUCAAUACUAAUUAAUAUAAUAUUGUACACAAAAUGCUAAUAAAGUGCAGCAUAAAGCAUUGCUCGAAAGCUAACCACUUAUUCACUCAUCAUGACCAAUCAGCUGAAACAUGAAGCAAAUGGCUUGAGCCGCGGUCUGAAGAAUGGCUUUAAACACCAUGAGGUUAAACAAGAAAUAAAGAAACCCAGAGAAAUAAAGGAAGAAUUUGAAGAAACUCCUUUAAUAAUUGCUUUAUCUGUGUACUUCUGCUAUCUCGUUCUAACAUUUUUUGGCCACAUCAGGGACUUUGUGCGAAGAUUAGGUUUUGGUAAAAUAUAUGAAGUCAAAGAAAAAAAUCGUGAAGGUUAUGUCAAAUUGUAUAGAAGUUUUGAAAGUUUCUACACUCGUAACAUUUAUAAAAGAAUUGUCCAAGGAUGGAAUAUGUUUGUGUGUGGUGUUCCUGGAGUUAUAUUUAAACUGAAAAUUAAAAUUUCACCAGAUUUUCAUCAAAAUGCCAAGUUUGGCACUGAAAAAAACCUGGAAGCUAUAAAUUUAGGAUCUUACAAUUAUCUGGGAUUUGCCGAAAAUUCUGGAAAAUGUGCCGACAGUGUGGAACAAGUAAUACUCAAAUAUGGAACAGGUAUCUGCAGUACCAGGCAUGAAUUAGGGCACUUGGAUAUUCACAGAAAGCUUGAAACAAUGGUUGCUGAAUUCUUGGGCGUCGAAGACAGCAUCAUCGUGGGAAUGGGAUUUGCGACAAAUUCAACCAACAUUCCAACUCUAAUGUCAAAAGGAUGUCUCAUUUUCAGUGAUGAACUUAAUCACGCAUCUUUAGUUUUAGGAUGUCGACUCUCUGGGGCUAAAAUUGUUGUUUACAAGCAUAACAAUAUGAAAGAUUUAGAAGAAAAAGUAAAAGAAGCUAUAAUCGAAGGCCAGCCUCAUUCUCACAGGCCUUGGAGGAAAAUGUUAAUUAUUGUUGAAGGAGUUUAUAGCAUGGAAGGAACAAUUGUGAAUCUCCCUGGUCUAAUAGCAAUUAAAAAGAAAUACAAAUGCUAUCUUUACGUGGACGAAGCUCAUAGUAUUGGUGCCAUAGGUUCUUGUGGACGAGGUGUAACAGAUUAUUUUGAUUGUAAUCCCAAAGAUGUGGACUUGUUAAUGGGAACAUUUACAAAAAGCUUUGGAGCAUCCGGCGGUUAUAUUGCUGGAUCCAAGCGCUUGAUCAAUCAUCUCCGCUCUCAUUCUCACAGUUUUAGCUAUGCAACCAGCAUGUCUGCACCUGUUGCACAACAAAUUAUAAUGACCUUAAAAAUUCUCACUGGAAAAGAUGGUUCCAAUGAAGGCAUAAACAGAGUCAAGCACCUAGAAAGAAAUACUCAUUAUUUCCGCAGAAAAUUGAAACAAAAAGGUUUUAUUAUAUAUGGAAAUGAAGACUCCCCAGUGGUGCCUCUUAUGCUGUUUUUUCCAUCCAAAGUAACAGAAUUCAUUCAGGGGCUUCUAAUGCAAGGUGUAGCCACCGUUGGUGUGUGUUAUCCGGCCACUACUGUAGUGACUUCCCGAGCACGCUUCUGUAUUUCUGCUUCUCAUACCAAAGAAAUGCUUGAUAAAGCAUUAACGGUGAUAGACACUGUCGGUCAAAGAAUCAUGGUAAAUUAUUCAAAAAAACAAAGAUCUCAAGAAGAAGUAAUAUACUAGUCAAUCUCAUAAGUCCUUGAACAAGUGCCUUAGAGCUGCAGGAUUGUGGUCCACUAACAAGGCCUACUUGUGAUUGUAACAUUUCAUGAUCAUCAGCGGAAUUUAGGAUCAUUUAUUGGCAUUAUAAUAUAUCAACAGUGAGGUGAUUACCACAGGCACUCUCAAGUUGUUCUGAAGAAGGUGUAAGAAAUGGAUUGGGAUUUUAUACCAUUUGUUAAAGCACAAACUACCCAAUUAAGGUUUUUGUACUAAAAUCAGCUGUUAAAUGUAGAACACACCUGUAUACAAUAAUUGACUGUAUUGAAGAUGUAGAAGAUGGUUAUUAUGAAGUAUCCGUGCAUUGAAGUUUCAUUAAGGUCACUCUUACAUUUAUUUAUUGCUAUCGAUGUAUGUGCAUUUAGCAUAUCGCCUAGUCAGUGUAGAAAGACCCUGCUUUGAAACUCUUAAACAUUCCGACAUGGACACUCGGAGGUCUAAUACGAUGUCUGUGCUGUGUUUUGAUUACUGCUGUUUUGUUUUGUUUGUGGGUGUUUUCAUUUCAGCUAAUUAAGCAGCUGCUCAAGUCCUUGCAUGGAUGAUUCUUCCUACUUAUGGUCUUGUUUAUGAAUCGUGAAUUAUACAUAUUUUAACAAAAUGGGCAAAUUGUUUGUUCAUAACAGCAAGUUGUGCAAAAAAAAAAAAAAAAAAAAAAAAAAAAAAAAAAAUGCUGUAAUCUAAUCCA